UAUGGAAGGUCUGUUAAAUACUACGAAUCUCCCGAUUUCACCACAAACUACCGUUGAAGAUAUCAUUAACUUUUCUAAAUCUGAAAUUCAGUCUUUUCUAAGAGCAAACCAUUUAAAAAUCAGCGGCAAUAAAUUGACACUUGGCCAACGUAUUGUUGACACUAUUCACAAAUCCAAGAACACGACGCAUGAUCAAGGUGUUUCUUCAAUUAACGAAGAUAAAACAGAAAUUACACUUGACCCACAAGAGUCAAAAGUGCCAUGCAUUACUGAAUUGACAGCUGGGUGGAGCGGAAACGAUGACAAGUUCCACAGAAUCAGCAUAACUGAUAUUGAAAACUACCUUAUUCACAGUAGUCACAGAACCAAUGAUGCAGGGAAAAUGCAAUGCUACCGCCAGUACAUUCGAGGAUUGAACUUCUAUAAGGAGGGGUACAUACAUAAGAUGAUGAUAAAUGAGAACAUUCCAGACAGCCCAGUCUCUUAUGUAAGAUCUAAAUGCUACCCAUCCAUGCAAAAAGGUGUCUAUGAGCAAUGGGUUUUGAUAAGCAAGCAUGCUCCCUUCCAAAUACUGAAGGCCAACUGCACAUGUCCUGCAGGAAAUGGUGAAGGCUGUACCCAUGUGGCAGGGUUAUUGUUUGCCUUAGAGGGGAGACCAAUAACACCAGUGGAGGAUGAUGACAGUGUCCCAUGUACCUCCAAGCCCUGUCAAUGGAACCAACCUAGUAAAAGGAAGAAAGAAACAAGACCAGUUAAAGAUUUAACUUUCAAAAGAAUAAGGUAUGAAGAUAAUAUUUCACCUAAACAGAAGAAAACACCAAAGUACAAGGUAGAUCCUGUUAAAUUCAGAGAUACAUUAUGUGCAAAGCUUGGAAAUCAGUCAAAAGCAGCCUUGUUUGACAUCAUUGCACCAUCAUCAGAAAGUAGUUUGUCUGUGUCAUGUGACCUGAAUGUGUCAUACCAUGAAGAAGUUGAAACCAGUGAGUACAUUACUUAUGCCUCUGAUAGAUUCAUUGAUUUGACUAAAACUGUUCAAGAUGAGCAGAUGUGUGAAAAUGAAGUGAAAACCUUUAUGUCAUCAUGUAGCUCAGAGGUGAGAAGUGAAAUUGAACUGAGAACAAGAGGGCAACAUGAGAAUUCACUGUGGACAAAUGCAAGGAAAGGGAGAAUUACAGCUUCAUAUUUUCAUGAUAUUAAGUCCAGGAAAGAUUCAACCAAGGCUGACACAUUACUUUCUAAAGUGUUUGGUGAAAAUUCCUCAUUUGAUAACAGUGCCUUACAAUGGGGCAGGAAACAGGAGCCCAUUGCUAAGAAGAGGUACAAAGCACACAAGAAGUUGAAGGAAGGAAAAACAAUAAAAUUGACAGACAAUGGCUUGAUUGUGCAUCCUGAUUAUUCAUACAUAGGAGCAAGUCCAGAUGGGAUAGUUACCUGUGAGUCAGAAACAUUUCUAUUGGAGAUAAAGUGUCCAUAUAAGUGGAGAAACUGCUCAAUUUUAGAAGCAUGUAAACACAAAGAAUUUUAUUGUUAUGUUGCUGAUGACAACACCAUCCAGUUGAAAAAGACACACAGAAACUACACUCAAGUUCAGGGUCAAUGGGUGUGA